ACUAUCAGAGUAGUAGAGAUCGAUACCCUGUGUCUCUGAACCUUUCUCUUGGUUCCUUUUUAGGUUUAGGGUUUUUCUCUUUCUAGAACUUUCUCUCUCUAAGACUGGGGGUUCUCAUGGAGGGUUCUGCAACUACACAUGAUAUGAAUUUGGCUUCAAGAAAAGCCGAAGAAGCAGCUUGGAGGCGAUUCCAAGCUGCUGGAUGGCUCGAGACCCUAGUCGGACCAAUUGGGGUAUCGACUCAUCCGUCAGAACGAGAGUUCGUUUCUUGCUUGAGAAAUGGUUUAAUUUUAUGCAAUGCCAUUAACAAGAUCCAUCCAGGAUCAGUGCCCAAGAUCGUGGAGAAUCAUUCAUCUUCACAAUCACUCACCUGGGAAUCUCAGCCUUUGCCUGCCUAUCAAUACUUUGAGAACGUCCGGAACUUUCUGGUGGCUGUUGAAGAAUUGAAGCUUCCUGCUUUUGAAGCUUCUGAUCUUGAGAGGGAUACUUUGGAGGCUGGCUCUGCAGCUAAGGUUGUUGAUUGCAUUUUAGCCCUUAAAUCAUACCACGAGUGGAAGCAGAUGGGUGGAGGAAAUGGUUAUUAUAAGCAUGUGAGAUCCCCUAUGGUUGUGCAUUCAGCAAAUAGGGUAAAUUCAAGAGCUUCUGCGGCAAAUCCAUCAGACUCCUGUAGGCGUUUGGAUAUGUCUGUUACACCUCCUUUGGACGGUGAAGCUCGGAAACUUGAAGAUUUGAUUGUCUCAGUAUUUGCUGAAUGCAUGGUUGAUGUGAAGGAAAACAUUGAUGAUAACCUUCUUGAUUCCUUUCGGAGUGGAAAUCGGGAUCCAAUCAAGUUAUUAAGCAGAGUAAUGAUGGGCUCUUUAAAGGAGCAACUUGAAAACAAGUUCCCUGAGUUGAAACCAAUUUUUAAAGAUCUUCUGCAAGAAGGAAGUGACUCAAAUGUCCAUUCGAAAUCUACACCUCUUGAAAAUUCAUCUACAGUUGUAAAUUCUAAGCAUUGCAGAGCUUGCUUGAAAAAGAAUAGCUGCAACCACUUGCUCAUAUUUCAAAUGCAAGAAAAAGAACUUUCGGAUCUCAAGGCCUUGUUGUCAAGAACAAAGAGGGAAUUCAAAGGGUUAGAGUCUCAAUUGCAGAAUGAUUUGAAACAACUGGGAAAUAUAGUUCAAGAGAUGUCUGCUGCAGCUGUUGGGUAUCAGAGGGUAGUGAAAGAGAACAGGAAUCUGUACAACAUGGUUCAGGAUUUGAAAGGAAAUAUUCGAGUUUACUGCAGAAUUAGGCCUGCCUUCAGUGUUGGAGCAAGAAGUACUAUAGACUUCAUUGGAGAGGAUGGUUCGCUAGUGAUAGUUGACCCAUUGAAACGCCAAAGAGAUGGAAGGAAGGUUUUUCAAUUUGACCGAGUGUUCGAUCCAACUGCUACCCAAGAUGCUGUAUUUAAGGACACCCAACCUUUAAUUAGGUCUGUGAUGGAUGGAUACAAUGUGUGCAUCUUCGCCUAUGGUCAAACUGGAUCCGGCAAAACAUAUACUAUGUGUGGUCCAUCAGGUGGAUCAACUAAGGACAUGGGGAUCAAUUAUCUAGCUCUUAAUGAUCUCUUCCAGAUGUCUAAUAAAAGAAAGGACAUUAUAACUUAUGACAUUUAUGUUCAAAUGGUUGAAAUAUACAAUGAACAAGUACGUGAUCUUCUUGCAGAAGAUUCGUCAACAACAAAAUUAGAGAUUCGAAGCUGUACUAGCGAAAAUGGCUUGAGUCUUCCUGAUGCUACAGUGCAUUCUGUAAAGUCCACAGCUGAUGUUCUUAACCUUAUGAAACUUGGUGAGCUGAAUCGACACGUCAGUUCCACUGCAAUCAACAACCGAAGUAGUCGUUCACACAGUGUCUUGACAGUACAUGUGCAUGGUAAAGAUUUAUCUGGAAGCAUUCUUCGAAGUUGUCUACAUCUGGUGGACCUCGCAGGAAGUGAAAGGGUGGACAAAUCAGAAGUCACUGGAGAUAGGCUCAAGGAGGCACAGUAUAUCAACAAGUCUCUAUCUUGUUUAGGAGAUGUGAUCACAGCCUUGGCUCAGAAGAACUCUCACAUCCCUUACAGAAACAGCAAACUCACACUACUCUUGCAAGACUCUUUAGGAGGCCAUGCCAAAACAUUAAUGUUUGCUCAUCUGAGCCCAGAAGAUGAUUCUCUUGGGGAAACAAUCAGUACUCUGAAGUUUGCUCAGAGGGUUUCAACUGUCGAACUAGGCACUGCUCGUUUGAACAAAGAGAGCAGCAAGGUUAUGGAACUCAAGGAACAGAUUGAGAACCUCAAGAAGGCUUUGGCAAACAAGGAAGGUCACAGUAUCAUACCAAGUAAAGUGAAUGAACCAAGACCUCCAUCUGAGAAGCCAAAAGGAAUGAUUGACAGAACUCCUCCCCGGCCUCGAAGAUUGAGCAUUGAAAAUUGCAGCAGCUUGAAGAAUGAGAAAGCAAUGCAUCCUGAAGAAAAAAAAGGAUCAAAAACCCCUUCUAUACGAACUCGUGCACGAAGGUUAAGUUUGGAAGGUUCAAACCAAGGGAAGAAGGAUCAUUUGCUGGUGAAAAUGUCUGAAGAUGUAAGCAAGCUUCAACCUCUUGAAGCUUUUGGGCAUUUCAGCACUGGCAGUUCCAUGAUGGAAGAGGAGGUAUAUAAUUAUCAGAAAGCUCCAAAGAGUCCUGUAAGUUCCACUUACAAAAGCCGAGUUGCAAAAGCAGCAAGUAGAACACAAGUUGCACCAUUUCAACUAACAAAGACGCCUGAGCCAGAUAGAAAGGAGGUUCAGACUAUGAUGCAGAGUGACCUGAGUGUUUCUAAAGAUUCUCAGAUACCUAGCUUCAUUAGUAGUGGGAAUGGAAAAGGAUCUCAAAUAAGGAAAUCACUUAGAACCAUCGGAAAGCUGAUUAAUGGCUCUGAAAAAAGGAACCAACAGAAGUUAAUGGAAGCAAGAACACCCAUCAAGGGAUCAAACAAUGCCGAAGGUGGGAGGUCUCCACUCACAGCUAAUGCAAGAGCAAUGAGAAGGCAGUCACUAACCGGCAUUCAGACAUCCGGGCCCUGGAGAUCAUCUGUUAUAGGGAAGUCAUCAGACUCUUGUUCAAAUGAAACAAGGAAUGCCUAGACGCCUCCUCCAGUCCACCGGUCAGCCAAGAUGACAAAGCAAUGACAAUAAUAAUUAUAGAUGAGCAAAGAAGACUACGCUUGGUGCUUUAACUCAAAGCAUACUACUGACCACAAGCUGACAUUUGGGUUAGAAAAUUGUGUGACCAUGAUUAUGAGUGGAAAGGUCAGAUACUGACCCAUCAUUUGUUGAGUGUCAAGCCCCCACUUCUGAUUAAUAAUUAAUGUUACAUGAUCAAGCUCAUUCUUCUUCUUAUUGCAAGCCCUAAUAGUUGGGUUUAGGCUGAUUGAAAUGCAAUUGGUUCCAAAAAAUUUUGUGGGCGAGGCCGAUUUUGCCACCUUGAGAUUCAAUUUUGUAAUUUUGGGCUCAUUCCAUUUGUAUGUAAAUAAUUGUGAUGGUGCAUUAUGCCAAAUAUAUCUUUCACAACUUACA